AUCUGGGGAAGCCUAGCGCGUUUCUGUUCGUGAUAAGCACUCCCGCGGCGGCGCGUCAGCGAUCAUCGCCGCACUAGGCUUCGUCCACCAGCAUGUCCAGCGCUGCAGCCCAGUACAAGAAGAAAGAUGGCACCCUCUUCGUAUCGGCGGACGCAACGACGGUGUCAUGGGAGGGUGGUGGACCUGGGCUGGCGAUAGCAAUAGCAGACAUUGGAAAUCUCCAGCAGACACCUGCCACCGCCGCGAAAUCCUCCAUCAAGAUUGUCGUUGUCGAAAGCUCGCCGCUAGCUGGUAACCAUACCUUUACAUUUACCUCAGCAGCUCCUCGCGAUGAUCAGCAAAUGAUCAGAGGCUUGCUGCAGAAGGGCAUUGAAGCUGCAAAGGCACAGGAGACUCUAGCUGUGACGCCGGCCGUGGCAACUCCCGGCGGCAAUGUCAGCGGUGCAUCAGGCGCCAUCACCAUGGCAAAGACUGUGGCGGCAAGUGCGCAACAGGAAGAAGACCUGUACGCCGAUGCGAAGCUGCUCAGCGACCUCGAACUCCAGAUGUCGCUCCUGAACUCAAGUCCCGCGAUGCGCCAGCGCUUCGAUCGCGCACUAGGGGAGAAGCCGGCGUCUGUCACGAUGGGGCAGUUCUCCAACCAUUUCUGGUCGACGCGUCUGAACCUCCUCCGAUCCCACGCAGCCGAAAAAAGCCAGACCACUGGUUCAUACAAUGUGUUGUCUGUGAUCAAGUCAAAGAACGUUAAUGGCACUCUGAUGUUGAACCUGACCAAGGAGCAGAUCGAGGUCGUGUUUCGUCAGCAUCCCAUUGUCAAAACGGCAUACAACGAGAUAGUACCGCCUCUAAGCGAGGGCGAGUUUUGGGAACGUUUCUUUCACAGUCGGCUCUUCAAAAAACUGAAGGGCGAGCGCAUACCGGAUGAUUACGUCACAGACACGAGACUCGAUAAAUACCUCAAGCAUGAGGAAAUUGUGGACGCUGCACAGCAGAUACUUAUUGAUACUAUCCCGUUAUUCAUCAAUAUCGAAGGAAAUGAACAGAAUCACAGUCAGCAGAAGGGCAACCGCCAAGACUGGACCAUGGUCCCCUCAAGUAACGAGAAGGCGCCGAUUCUGCGCGUUCUGAACCGUAUGAGCGAGAAGCUGAUGAAGGACGUACCUCUGGUAGACAAUCACCAUACACCUGCUGGCCAAGACGAGGACACGUACAAGGAGCUGCAGUUGAGAGAUUUGCAGCGCGCGUCGGACGACAACAGAGUCGUGCUCAAAGUCCAGGACCAGAGUCGCCUCUUUUCUGCUAGUCAAAGUGUGCAGUCAUCGACUAGCGCUGCGGCUUACACAAAACGUACGCCAUCAGAGGUACUCUCCACGUUGCAGCAAGAUUUUGCCAGCAUCGACACAAACAGCAGGACACCCGGAACCGAUCUGCACUCGAAAAUCGCUAUCAACGAUGAUAGCGAUAACGAGGAUGAGAGCGGCGUAACAAAGAAACUGAAGGUGGGAAGCAGAGCAGGGCGAACUGCAGCUACGACACAAAUCAUCGCGGCUAUCGAGAAGCGGCAUCUGCAUGAAGAUGAAUAUCCAUCGGCAAAAGGCAUGCUCAACAAUGAGCAAGCAGCCAAGCUGGGCGUCUCGGACACCAUCCUCGACAAUCUCACCAUGACGCACAACACCACAGUCGAGUUUCUGCACUACUUCUGGGACGUGUAUCACUCUGGCGAUCCCGAGCGCGCCAAUGAAGUCGCCAAGCUUAUUGAGACGCUGGACAGGUCGUUGGACCGCAUCAGCGCUGUUGCAAACGCUGCUGAGGCCGAGCGAAACGCGCAGAUCGAGCAAUUCCAGAGACGCAAUGAACUGUAUACACAGCAAACUGGCAAGAGGAGGAAGUUCAACCCUAGCGUUGUCAAGGGUGGCGCGAGUGCAGUCGCUCAGAUCAUGCAGCCACUCAGGCGAGCCAUCGACGCCGCACGAAUUCAGUACCAGAAGGCCCUUAACGAGCAGUUGGCACAGGCCCCCCCGAACGGCUUGUGAGGCCGGCUAUAUCCUGUCUUAGUAACGGGUGUUUUGUGUGUUCCUGCCUAACGAUGGCGUUAUAGGGUUACAAAGCACUGUAGACCACCUAUAGCCACUAAUGCACCAUCAAAACUGCGCGAACAGCUGACGUUACUCUAGCAUAACGCCCAACUGUGCUGUGUGGCUCAAGUCUUCAACUGUAGAGCAAGAUACUCUCGUAAAU